AUGCGCGCGAAGCUUACCAUCUUUCUCACCUCCCUACUUGUUUGUCUUCUGGCGAUUUGGUUUCCGAUCACGCUCGACUACGUCUUCUCGCUGCUGCUCAACGGCAGAGACCACGAGGCUAAUUUGACGUGGGGAUUUCAGCAGCACAUCUCACAUCUUCUGGAUCAGGCCCUCAUCAAGAUCCCCUCGUCCGCUAGCAUGGUCUCAAUCAGGGCAAAGCCCCGCUUUCGACAACGCCAAAAAAUCGACCCGGAUUACUGCCCUUGCACCAUCACCCAGUAUGAGUCGGAGCGCACUGGAAUGCGAGUCAUUGUGGUGGACCAGGAAGGCCCCAAGUUGCAUGGCUUCUUCGUCCUCGCCACCGAGAUCCACGAUGACUCGGGGGCACCCCAUACGUUAGAGCAUCUGUGCUUCAUGGGUUCCAAGAACUACAAGUACAAAGGCUUCUUGGACAAACUCGCCACACGCGCAUAUGCAGGUACCAACGCGUGGACAGCGACUGAUCACACCGCAUACACACUAGAAACCGCCGGCUGGGCAGGCUUUGCUCAGAUUCUACCGGUCUACCUGGAACACGUAAUUCUCCCAACGUUGACAGAUGCAGGUUGUACGACAGAAGUGCAUCACAUUGAUGGAAGUGGCAAUGACGCGGGUGUCGUCUACUCGGAGAUGCAGGGCGUGCAGAACAUGGCGUCGGAACUGAUCGAGCUGCAAUCCAAGCGGAUCCUUUAUCCCGAAGGGGUCGGCUAUCGCUACGAGACAGGCGGGAUGCUGGAACAGCUCCGUGUCCUUACCGCCGACCGCAUUCGAGAAUUCCACCGAGAGAUGUAUCAGCCCAAGAAUCUCUGUGUUGCUAUCUUUGGAGAAGCGAACCAUGACGAGUUGCUGGCCAUCCUCGACGAAUUCGAAACCUCGAUCCUACCCGAUAUCCCAAGUCCAGACGCCCCCUUCAAACGACCGUGGAUCGAAUCCAACCCGACUCCCGCUUUGAAUCAAACGACUCUGUUGAGAGUCGAGUUUCCCGAAGAGGACGAAUCUUUCGGUGAGAUCGACAUCCGGUUUUUGGGCCCCAACUGCGCCGAUGCUUUGGAACUAGGGGCCCUUAAUGUUGCCCUCAACUACCUUGCGGGCUCUUCGGCCGCACUGCUUGACCAUGUCCUCGUGGAAAAGGAGCAGUUGGCAAGCGGGAUCUUCUACCAGCUCGACAGCCGCCCGCGAACGGAGAUCCAAUUUUCCAUGUCCAGCGUCGAGACUAAGCGGUUGGAAGAGGUUGAGAAACGCUUCUUUGAGGUGUUGAACGAGGCCAUGGGAAAACCUCUGGAUAUGGUUUUCAUGAAGGACUGCAUCGACCGUGUGGUGAGAACCAGCAAGUACAAUGCCGAGGGAUCCGCCACGGCGUUUGCAGAUUUCAUCAUCUCCGACUACUUGUACGGAAAGAGAGAUGGGUCGACCUUGGAAGUUGUGAAAUCAUUGAAACAUUAUACCGAGACUCUUGCAAGCUGGACGGAAGACCAGUGGAAAGCCUUCAUCAGGAAAUACGUUUCCGACGCGCCUCAUGUGUCGAUCCUGGGUGUUCCUUCUGCACGCUUAUCAGAGAAGUUAAAGACAGACGAAGCCAAUCGAAUCGAAGAGCAGAAAGCCAGAUUAGGGCCAGAGGGACUGAAGAGAAUGCAAGAAAAGUUGGACGCUGCAAAGGCCGAGAACGACCGCGAAAUUCCAAGGGAUUUGCUAGGGAAAUUCAAAGUGCCCUUGACAGAUUCGAUCCAUUUUGUGACAAUCGCUGGCGCUCGAGCAGGCCGGGCGUUGGAUCUCGGGCGGCGAGAUAACAGGUUCCAGAAAAUCAUUGAUGAGGAUGCAAAAGAUGUGCCACUCUUUCUCAAUUUCCAACACAUCCCCACCAACUUCACCCGAGUCCACCUGAUCAUCUCUACCGAGACUCUUCCUGACGACCUGCGACCCCUUCUGGCUGUCUACAUGGAAGCCUUUUUCAGCCUCCCAAUCAAGCGUGGUGACGAGAUUAUUGAUUUCCAGCAAGUGGUGGUCGAGCUCGAGCGGGAUACUGUAGGCUAUUCGAUUGAUGCAGCGAACAAUCUGGGCAACGUCGAGGGCAUUCGAGUAAGUUUCCAGGUGGAGAGGGAACGGUACGGAGUGGCCGUUAAGUGGUUGAUCGAAUUACUCUACAACUCCAUUUUUGAUGUGGAGCGGCUCAAGGCUGUCAACAGUCGUCUUCUUGCAGACGUGCCCGAUGCGAAGCGCAGCGGGGAUGACAUGAUGAUGACGGUCCACUUUAUGACGCAUUUGGCUCCCAAGUCAAUAACCCGUGCAAGAACUAUCUUGGUCAAGGCGCUUUAUCUGAAGCGAAUCAGGCACUUGCUCAAGGUUGAUCCAGAGCGAGUGGUGAGUCAGCUGGAACGACUACGCAGUCUACUUUGUCGCUUCGAAAACUAUCGGAUCCUGGUCAUCACUGAUUUGGAAAAGACUCCCAAGCCCGUGAGCACCUGGAAACCCUUCCUGGAGAAGGUGGAACCGACAGACGAGAUGAAUCCCAUCGGCCGCCGCAUCGAUCGACUCAGCGAAGCUGGCAAGAACCCAGGGAAACUAGCGUACGUCGUUCCCAUGCCCACGAUCGAUUCGUCCUUCGCAUUCGCCGUGGCGCGUGGACCGACUUCGUACGACGACUCGCAGCUGCCGGCCAUAAUGGUCGCCCUGGCAUAUAUGAACGCCGUUGAGGGACCGCUCUGGGUCGCUGUGCGAGGCACCGGAUUAGCUUAUGGGACCAAUAUGGGUUUCGACGUCGAAUCUGGGUUUAUCCACCUAGACGUUUACCGUUCUCCCGACGCGUACAAGGCAUUCGAAGCAUCCCGAAAGAUCGUUUCGGACUACAUGACGGGAGCAGUCGACUUCGACCCGCUCAUGUUGGAAGGAGCCAUCAGCUCCAUCGUGGUGAUGUUUGCAAAUGAGCAAGCAACACUGGCAAGUGCUGCGGCGAUGAGUUUUAUUCGAAGCGUGAUGCAGCGUCUGCCCGACGACCAUAUGAAACGGAUGUUGAAACGAGUGAGAGACGUCAGUGUGCAGGAUAUCAAGGAUGCGCUGGAGAAAGUGGUUUUCAAUGUCUUUGUACCUCACAAGGCGGACAUUGUGGUGACGUGCGCACCCGGGUUGAAAGAAGGAAUCGCGGGUGGCUUGAAAGACGCGGGUUUUUCUCCCGAGAUCCGCGAUCUGAACUACUUCCAGGAUGACUACGGUUUGAAACGCGUUGAUGGCGAGGAUGAGGACGAGGAGGAGGAGGAGGAGGAAGAAGAAGAUGGGGACGAGGAUGAUGGUGAGGAUGGAGAAGAAGAGGAUCAAGGUUCGGACGACAUUGGGGGAAGUGAAGGUUACGAGAUUAUCGAAGCAAAUGAAGACUGA